AGCUGUCAUUUCAAAUGAGCUUGCAGUCUUGCGUUUUGCUUAGAAAUUGAAGUCUCAAGCUAAAAUAAUUAUUUUAUUUUACAUUAUUUCAACAAAGUAAAGGUAACAGUGUCUCUUAUGUGUUAUUGUGUAUAAUAGUCAAAUCGGUUCAACCUAAAAAUAAAAGGCUUAGAAAUGACCACGAACGGAGAUAUCGGAGGCCUUGAUGCCAGUGGAAAAAUAAUUAAAAUGGAAGUGGACUACAGUGCUACUUGCGAUGAAAAAUUACCACUUUGGAAGUCAUGGGCUGCAAAAGGCAAGGUGCAAGAAGCCAUAGACCAACUACUGGCACUUGAAAAACAAACUAGGACGGGGGCUGAUAUGGCAUCUACAGCCAGAAUCUUGGUGGCAGUUGUGCAAAUUUGCUUUGAAGCUAAUAACUGGUCCGCACUCAAUGACCACAUUGUACUGCUCUCAAAAAGAAGAUCUCAACUCAAACAGGCUGUUGUCAAAAUGGUCCAAGAGUGUUAUACUUAUGUCGAUAAAACACCAGACAAGGAAACAAAAAUAAAACUUAUUGAAACAUUGAGAUCUAUUACAGAAGGUAAAAUAUAUGUUGAGGUUGAAAGAGCUAGAUUGACCCAUAUCUUGGCUAAGAUUCGUGAAGAAGAAGGCAACGUUACGGAAGCUGCUAAGAUAAUCCAAGAGCUUCAGGUGGAGACAUAUGGCUCUAUGGACAAACGUGAAAAAGUUGAACUUAUUUUGGAACAAAUGAGGCUGUGCCUGGCAAUUAAAGAUUAUAUCCGUACACAAAUAAUAUCAAAAAAAAUCAACACCAAAUUCUUUGAAGAGGAAAAUACUCAGGAGUUGAAAGAAAAGUUCUACCGUCUGAUGAUAGCUGUGGAUCAGCACAAUGGGCAGUAUUUAUCAGUAUGUCGACAUUUCCGUGCAUUGGGACAGGCGGCUGGUUCCGAUUCACUCAUUGGUAGUGUAGUAUUCUUGAUCCUCGCUCCGUAUGACAAUGAGCAAGCUGAUCUAACGCAUAGAGUCAACGAAGAUAAGGAUUUGGAUAAACUGCCUGAAUACAAGCAACUUUUAGGCUUAUUCAUAAACCCCGAAAUCAUCAGGUGGAAUACGUUGUGUUCCACUUAUGAGAAAACGUUGCGGGCGACGCCUUACUUCGAAUCCUCCGACGAGAAAGGUCAGGAACGCUGGAAUGACCUCAAGAACAGAGUAGUAGAACAUAACAUUCGCAUUAUGUCGAUGUACUACACUCGUAUCACUUUGAAGCGGAUGAGCGAAUUGCUCGGUCUGAGCGAGACUGAAACUGAGGAAGCAUUGAGUCAGCUCGUCGUGAGCGCCGUCGUACGCGCCAAGAUCGAUCGGCCGGCGGGAGUUGUGCAUUUCAGUUUGAAUAUGGAUGCGUCGGAUCGUUUGAACGAGUGGUCCAACAACUUGAACACGUUGAUGCAGCUUGUCAACAAAACGACACAUCUGAUCAACAAGGAGGAAUGCGUCCAUAAACACCUUUUAGCAACUGCAGAGUAAAAUACCUCCUAACUUACUUUUAAGGACUGAAAUGGUCCAAUAAGAUAUCACUGUAAUUUUUAUAUUUAUUAUUACAAUGUUAAAUGUUCUACUAUGUAGAUAUUAACACACAUAUGUCCAAAAAAAUAUUGUUCUUCGG